UUAACUUAAUCAAAAAUGAAUUUUGGUUACAGCUUAACCCAAGUACCCAACCAAACAUAGCGCUCGUAGUUGCUAUGCAUACUCUGCUGAGAAUUACAACUCCUCUCAGAAUUCCCACCAAAAAUGCCAUCUUCAACCAUCGAUUUCUCCGAUCAGAACCCGAAUCCUACGCUAAACUCAUCGAAAUAUACACUCAUGAUCGAGCAUUGCACCAAGGAAAGAAGCUUCACGCGCUUCUAACAACCAACGGCUAUGCACGUUUCAACCUCAUCGCAUCCAAUCUCGUAGCCUUAUAUACAUGCUGUGGCCAACUCUCUCUUGCACGAAAACUGUUUGAUAAAAUUCCUCAAACAAAUGUUCGACGUUGGAUUGCACUUAUUGGGACAUGUGCUCGCUGUGGCUUCUACGAUCAUGCUCUUGCUGUGUUUUCCGAGAUGCAAACACUUCAUGGCCAAAAUCCCAACAAUGUCUUUGUGAUUCCUAGUGUUCUUAAAGCCUGUGGCCAUGUUUGUGAUCGAGUUUAUGGAGAGCAAGUGCAUUGUUUGAUUUUGAAGUGUUCGUUUGAGAUUGAUUGUUUUGUUUCGAGUGGGUUGAUUGUUAUGUACUCUAAGUGUGGUAAAGUUGAGGAUGCACGUAAGGUGUUUGAUGGAAUGUGUAUGAAGGAUUUGGUGUCCUUGAAUGCCGUUGUUUCUGGGUAUGCUCAACAAGGGCUUCCAAAUGAGGCAUUGGGUUUGGUUGAAAAUAUGAAGUUGAUGGGUGGGAACCCAAAUGUGGUGACAUGGAAUGCUUUGAUAUCUGGGUUUGCACAGAAAUGUGACCGGGUGAUGGUAUCUAAGAUUUUCAGGUUGAUGAUUGAAGAUGGAGUUGAGCCUGAUGUGGUGUCAUGGACUUCUGUUAUAUCUGGUUUUGUGCAGAAUUUUCAAAAUGAUGAAGCUUUUGAUACGUUUAAGCAAAUGUUGCAUCAUGGGUUCUGCCCAACUUCGGCUACUAUCAGUGCACUUCUGCCAGCUUGUGCUACUGCAGCAAGAGUGAGGUCCGGGAAGGAGAUUCAUGGCUAUGCUUUGGUGAUUGGUGUGGAGGAAGAUGUAUAUGUAAGGAGUGCUUUGGUUGACAUGUAUGCAAAAUGUGGGUUCAUUUCUGAAGCUAGGACACUGUUUUAUAAGAUACCGGAUAAGAAUACAGUGACGAUGAACUCUAUGAUUUUUGGUUAUGCGAAUCAUGGGUAUUACGAAGAAGCUAUUGAGCUCUUCAAUCGGAUGGAGAUGGAAGGGGUAACCAAGCUAGAUCAUUUAACUUUCACAGCAGCUCUCACAGCAUGUAGCCAUGUUGGAGAUAUUGAACUUGGGCAGAGGCUGUUCAAGAUUAUGCAAGAGAAAUACUCCAUCGAGCCACGAUUGGAGCAUUAUGCAUGCAUGGUGGAUCUUUUGGGUCGGGCAGGGAAACUCGAGGAAGCAUAUGGCAUAAUCAAGACUAUGCCGGUUAAACCUGAUUUGUUUGUGUGGGGUGCAUUAUUGGCUGCUUGUAGAAAUCAUGGGCAUGUGGAGCUGGCUGAAGUGGCUGCUAAGCAUUUGUCAGAGUUAGAACCAGAGAGUGCUGGAAACCGUCUUCUAUUGUCCAGCUUGUAUGCCGAUGCUGGAAAAUGGGGAAAGGUUGAGCGGAUCAAGAGAAGGAUAAAGAAAGGAAAACUCAGGAAACUUCAAGGGUUGAGUUGGAUAGAUAAUAUAUAAUAAAAUUAGAGAAAAUUACAUUUACUCCCCUCGAGUUUGAAAAAAAUUCACCUCCCUUUAGGUUAACUCUGUUAGCCAUCGUUAACUAUUUAGAAACCCCAUGUUUUGUCUCAAAAACAGUAAUUCAUGCCCCAUGUAAAUUCUAUCAUAAAACCAUGCCUAGAAACAUGAAAAGUCAUGCCUUCCUACCAUCUAUUUCUCAGACGUCACAAUAGUCGGUGAUUUUCCUUUGAAAUUUCUACACUUCUAUACUUGUUGCUUCUUUCUUUUCUUCUCACCAAAAUACAAAAGCAACCAAGAAGAAGACACAACUUUGUUCUUGUUCAACAGUUUGUUCCCUACCCAAUCAUCACUUGCCAUCAUAUAUUUCCUUGGUUUUUUAACAGGUAAGUUUCAGGCGGUGGGUAACAGAUGGAGAAUAAUGAUCAUGAUAAACCUGACCCGGGAUGUGUGCUUCUGCUUAUACACUGUUGGGGAAGUGAUUUUUCAACCAAAAAGUGUCAUCAUGACUGCUAUUCAUAUUUUGAUUUGGUUGACGAUAUUUGUAAGUUGUUGGAUGUGCUCAAUGGGUGCAAAAAUCCAUUUUCAUGUUCUUGACAUGUUCAAGUUAUAUAGUAACUGCAUUAAUAUUCAUUUGUAUGUUACAUUGUUGAAUUUUGAUGAUAGUGAAGUUAAUAGAGCAGUCCCUGAGAUAGUGAUUAGUGAGUUUGAUGAUGAAUGGGAAAUUUUUAAUGGAUCUCAACAAAGUGAGGGAGAAGAAACUGAUUCAAUGCCUAGCCAUAUAGAUGAGGAAGAAAGGAAAAUGAGAAUAGUAAUGAUGAGCCAAGUGAUUUUGAAGAAAAACACAAUGUUGUUACUUUUGUGAAUUCGGAUGAAGAUAAAGUGCUAAUUUAUGUUGAUAGAGUUACGGAAGGAAAAUUAUUUGUUCAUGAAUCUGAUGGAAAAGUGAAGUUAGAAGUUGGUUUAUUGUUAUACAAGAGGGAUUUGAGAUCAAGAGAAUUAAAAAUGAGAAGGCUCGAGUAACUGCUAUAUGUGCUUCAGAUGGUUGUUGUUAGCGUAUCCAUGCCUCUCCUACACCAGAUGGAAAAACAUAAUUAAGACAUGACCAUGUGCAUUCUUGCAUAUGAGUAUCGACUUCAGGACAAGUUACUAGUCAACUACAUGAAACUUCAAGCCAAGUGCAAAUGAGUAGCUAAGUCACUCAUGAAAAUGAAUAGAUAUUUCAUGGAACAAGGAGAAUGAAGCCUAUUUUAAGGAUGAUAUGUAAUCAGUUUUGGGGUGAUGUGUAAUCUAAAUUGGCCAUUGACGGAUUAAUACUUUAGAUUAUGUGGCGUACAUUCUGACAGUGUUUACAUUUGAGGACUUAUAUCACUGUUUUGCAUAAUGUGAGUUAAUCAAUUAGCCAAUUUUAGUUUCAAUUGUGGAUAGUGUGACCUUUGGCUUAAAUUGGAUAUUGGCAGUAACCUUUUAAUGAGCUAAUAAAUUAGCCAAUUUUUAAUGAUAGCCAAUUUUUAAUGAAA